AUGGCAGCUUACGACGAAGUAAGGAACCCCCAGGAGCACAUCCUGAACUAUAAAAUGUUCAUGGAGCUCCAGACCCUUUCGGAUGCCUUGAUGUGUAAAGUUUUCCCCAUAACCCUCACAGGACCAGCGAGGGCAUGGUUCAACAGUCUAAAGGCAGGAAGCAUUAAAAGUUUCGGGGAUCUAGCCAACAUAUUCAUCAGCCGGUUCAUUGCAGGGGUCCCCGCUGAGAGGAAGACACUUAGAAACGGUCCGACAAAGGAAGAACGAGUCCCUGAAGGAGUAUGUGGCCCAUUUCAACAUGGAGCUUUGCAGAUCCCUGAAUUGGAUGAGGGCCGAGUAGUGGAAGCCAUGCAGAAGGGGACCAUAUCCCUUGAGUUCUUUAGGUCGCUGUAUAGGAAGCCGCUCACCACCCUAGCAGAGUUGAUGAAGAGAGCGGAUAAAUACACAAGGCAAGAUGAUGCCUUAACUACCAGUAGAUUCACAAAGGAGGCUGGAGACAGGGGUAAAGCAGUGGAAGAGAGAAGGCCAGAGAGGCAGGAAAGGCGGCAAAAUAAGGGGCCUGAGCUGUAUAGGCAGCCCUGGGACAGGAGAGAACAGAAGGCAUAUUAG